GCGGGCGGCGGCUCCCGCGAGGCUCCCCCGUGCGCCGCCGCCCUUGGUGCGGCCCGAGGCGGAAGCGGCGGGGACGCGGCCGCUCGGGGACGCCGCGAUGGCUGCGGAGCUGCCCUGCGCGCUCGUCACCAGCUGCUGCCCCGCGUUCCCCGGGGACCGCCUGGUCCAGCAUAUCCUUGGCACUGAAGACCUCGUGGUGGAAGCGACAGACGAGGAUGCUGUGAGGCUCUACCCCUGGACCAUUGAUAAUAAAUACUAUACUGCGGACAUCAAUCUGUGUGUGGUGCCAAACAAGUCUCUUGUCACCCCCGAGAUCGCAGAGUCUGUCCAAGCCUUUGUCAUCUACUUCGACAGCACACAGAAGUCUGGUCUUGACAGCGUCUCCUCGUGGCUUCCCCUGGUCGAAGCAUGGUUACCUGAGGUCAUGAUCUUGGUCUGUGAUCGAGUGUGUGAGAACGGUGUGACCCGGCAGAAAGCUCAGGAGUGGUGUAUCGACCAUAGCUUCGAGCUGGUGGAGCUUAACCCGGAGGAGCUGCCCGAGGAGGAUGAUGAUUUCCCAGAAUCUACAGGAGUGAAACGCAUCAUACAAGCCUUGAAUGCCAACGUGUGGGCCAAUGUCGUCAUGAAGAAUGAUCGGAAUCAAGGCUUCAGCCUUCUCAGCUCCUUGGCCGGUGCCCACCCUGGCGUCGGCGUUGCAGAAAGGGUCCGCUCUGAGCAGCGCGCAUCGGCAGCAGAUGGGACUGACGCCCUUGGGGAUCGCCCGGGCAGUGCGGCCGACGCGGCAGAUCCUCAGGUGGACAGCCUGGUGGAUCCCAUGUUAGACCUGGACAUUCAGGAACUCGCUAGUCUUACUGCGGGCGGAGCGGACGUGGAGAACUUUGAGCGACUGUUCUCGAAGCUCAAGGAGAUGAAAGACAAGGCUGCGACGCUUCCUCACGAGCAGAGAAAGGUGCACGCAGAGAAGGUGGCCACAGCAUUCUGGAUGGCCAUCGGGGGAGACAGAGAUGAGAUCGAAGGCCCGUCCUCCGAUGAAGAGCACUGAGACGCCCUGUCACCCGCGGGUCCGGCCAACAGAGGUGCCAGCGCUGCCAGAGACAUUUCCACACGGCCCGGUUAGAACCUGCUGACAGUCCCCACGUGGAGGCCACCUGCCUGGAUUUGUAGUGAGGGUCCCCGUAAAGUUAGUCUGUAGGAGGGGUUCGGGCUUAGUCCCCUCAGGCCAUUGUAAGGGAGUGAUGACCCUCAGGGCAACAAGGAGGGGAAUGGAUCCAGGUCCUCCAGCUCCAGACACCGGGCCAGGCUGAGGUCUGCAGCCUCCCAGAGCGACGGGAGAGGCACCGGCGCGCGCUUCCCCCCGAACAGCCGGCGCUGGGCCUGGCUGGGCGCCUCCCCCGAGGCCGGUGAUGGAGGAGAGAGGACAGUGGCCGUCUGACUUGUGCUGGGGUGUGCGGGCGCCAGAGGCCGUGGCCUUUGGCUUCUGGCGGUUCAUUUCUCAAAUACCGAGUCUGAGCGCGUGCUAAGUGGAGAAACCAGUGUGAGGGUCACUUUCAGCUCAUAAUAAACGAAGCAGUAGGCCCUGCUCCUGUAGGGCUCCAGCCACUCUGCUGAGUGAGUGUGUGUGUGUGUGUGUGUGUGUGUGUGUAAGAGAGAGAGAGAGAGAGAGACAGGGAGGGAGGGAAGUGAGGGAGGGAGAGAUCAUGGGGCCUCUGCUGAGUGUGUGUGUGUGUGUGUGUGUGUGUGUGUGUGUUGUGCAUGCGUGUGUGCAUGUGUGUGAGAGAGAGAGAUCAUGGGGCCUCUGCUGAGUGUGUGUGUGUGUGUGUGUGUGUGUUGUGCGUGCGUGUGUGCAUGUGUGUGAGAGAGAGAGGUCAUGGGGCCUCUGCUGAGUGGGGCGGAGUGUGUGUGUGAGAGAGAGAUUGAGAUCAUGUGAUCCUUGAGGAAGGGCUCUGGGGCCUCUGUGUGUGUGUGUGUGUGUGUGUGUGUGUGUGUGUGUGUGUGUAGAGAGAGGAGAGUGAUCCUUAAGGGCUCUGGGGCCUGUUGGAGUCAGUCCCUCAUUGGUGCUGGUAUUGCUGUGGAGAAACGUGGCCUCCUGUGCAUCCGCCCCUCCCGCUGUGGAGGCCAGGCCGGGUGGCCCCUUAGCACCUCAGAAGAGAGCAAGUUCUCCCAUCUUUCCUCUGAAAGCCGGAGAGAACCACGACGGGCGCCCCCCAGGCGUGGCAGUGGGCCCCUGGGUGAGUGCCUGGUGUGACGCCCCAGGCUGGAAGCCACAAGCUGCAGGCUGCUCGCGCCCUUCUGAGGGGCAGAUUCUGCAGGAGGGCAGGGAAGCUCAGCACGCAGCACUCCCGUCUCUCGCAAACACGGGGCAGUGCAUGUCCGACAGCCACUGCCCCGGUGUGCCGGCAGCACGGGUCAGUGCGGGCACAGACCCUGCCUGCCUCCAUCCUCGUGGGCUCAGAACCCCUCAGGACACCCCAGAGACAAGCUUUGGGCCUGUCCAAGCAGCACCACUUAAGCUUGGUCGGAGCCACCCCAGGAACGGAAAAUGCUGGCACGGCCCCAGCGCAAGGCCAGCAGAGGUUUCUGUGGCUGCGUGUUCGAGGAGCCGGUCCAGGGACACGGGGUUCCUUGCUCAGCUUUCUUACUCUCCUUGUUGCUCUAAUGGCACGGGGUACCGUGCCCCGCCUGCAGGCCGGGUUCAGGCCUGUUGAGGGGACUGCGUUAGCCCUGGGUGAGGGAUAGAGGGGGAGGUUGGUCCCAGGUGGCCAAGCGGAAGGUGCAGGAUGUUCUCCUUAACGCAUGCAAGGUUCUCGAAAAAUACAUGAGGUAAUGUGGGCGGGGAAAACAGCCUAGGAGAAACUGCGAAUCCAGUUUUGUAGAUUAAAGACAGAUGAUUAAAAAGUGAUUGAUUCCUAA